CUCAAACAAACAUCACAGUCCGCAUCUUGCCAGAUAUAAUAUCUACGUGCCCUCGCCUUUCAAGAUCUGGGUCUCUUUUUUAGUGUCGCUCGCACAGGCACGAAUGUGGGAUCACCGCCCUUCGCUCGCGCCUGCUUCUUCCGGAUUCUCUCGCCCAUGACUACCUUUUGUGGUUAGGCAGAGCAAUGUCUCUGACCAUCCAACGACUGUUCAUCUACCCUGUGAAAUCCCUGCCUCCCGUCGAGGUAUCCUCCGUCGAGCUCACCAACGAGGGUUUACGCUUCGACCGGAGUUUUGUUCUCGUCACCCCUCCAGAGGAUGACACCAGACUGGCCAAGUUCCUCACCAUCAAAAAGGUCUUCAAACUAUGUCUCUUUAAGCCUGUGAUCGACGAAUCAUGGACCAAGUUGACCAUCACUCACAUCCAUGCACAACCGCCUUCUUCAAUCACCAUACCCUUGACCCCAUCCCCUUUGUCCCUACUCCAGAAUCAGACAUACGAGGUCAGCAUCUUUGGAACCACUGCUGUCGGCAUCGAUCUGGGCGAUGAACCUGCAGCCUUCUUCUCAAAGCAUCUCGAUCAAGAGGUGAGGUUGCUGACCAUCGGUGGCACCGGUCGCCGUGACAUCCCAGGCGCCGCCUACGUUCCUACGCAGAGAGAUGCUCUUUCUCUUGCAAUUCGAGAUGGUCUUCAGCCCCAGCGGAUUCGGUUUGCCGAUGCUGCGCCGUUGCUCAUUACAUCCACUGCAUCCGAAGCUGAUGUCAGGUCACGGCUGCCCAUUCAACAUCAGAACGAAGAUGUGAUUCUGCGCCUUCGCCCAAACAUCCACAUCGAUGUUCAGGGUCAACUCCCUGCCUAUGAUGAGGACAAUUGGGCUUCAUUGCUGGUCCGAUCCAAAUUGGACGAGGCCCAAGAAGUCUCUAUUAAAUGCAUCUUUCGUACGGUCCGUUGCCUCAGCUUGAAUGCUGACCCGGAAACCGGCGAGAUGAUCAAUAGGGAUCGCCAACUAUAUGGCCUUCUGGCAAAAGAUAGGAGAGUCAACGACAAGUUUCCACAUAAGCCCGUCUUUGGGCAGUACGCUUUCGCUGGUCCUUCUGGAGCAAUCCUUCGGACUGGAGACAAAGUACAAGUGAUGGAGAGAGUACAACGUGAUUAAUCACAAGAUCUGAUAAUUAGCCAGCAACAUCCAUUUUUUUUAUGGUUCUCAGACCAUGGAUUUCCAUAGUUCACUUUGAACCAAGAAGGAAGAUUUGGGAAUAAUGUGGGAAUUGAUUACAUAUAGAUUUCUAGCCUCGACGUUGAUAUGCACUUUGAUUUUAUAUGAAG